GACUACUUACACUGUGCUCCAUAAACCUCAGCAAAGAGCUGUUUCAGGGUUUGGCUUUGAAAGCCUCAUUCUGGCAGUUAUUUUACUUGGAAAAAACAUUCAAGUGCUCUGCCUACCCAAGGCCCUAUGAAACAAUGGAAUAUAACUCUCAUCUAGAGAAUCUGGAUGAAGAUGGAUACACUCAAUUGGACUUCAGGACUAGAGACAUCCUCAAAAGACCUGUGGGAUCAGAGAAAGGAAGCUGCUCUUCAUCUCCCCCUUGGCGUCCCAUUGCAGUGGCUUUGGGAAUCCUGUGCUUGGUCGCCCUAGUGGUUGCUGUAGUCCUGGGGGUCCUAGCAUUUUGGAGAUUCAAUUCAGGGAGACAUCCAGAAGAGAAAGAAAACUUCCCGUCAAGAAAUAAAGAGAACCACAAACCCACAAAACCAUCUUUAGAUGACAAGGUGGCUCCUUCCAAGGCAUCCCAGACCACAGGAUUUAUUUCUGGGCCUUGCCCUCCUAAUUGGAUUGUACAUGAGAAGAGCUGUUACUUGUUUAAGAUGUCACAAAAUUCCUGGGCUGGAAGUAAGAGACACUGCUCGCAGCUAGGUGCUCAUCUACUGAAGAUAGAUAACCCAAGAGAAUUUGAAUUCAUUGAAAACCAAACAUCUUCUCACCGUGUUAACUCAUUUUGGAUAGGCCUUUCCCGUAAAGAGACUGAAGGGCCAUGGCUCUGGGAGGAUGGCUCAUCAUUUAUUCCCAACUCGUUUCAAAUCAGAGACACAGCUUCCCAGGGAAGUUUACUGCACAACUGUGUAUGGAUUCAUGGGUCAGAGGUCUACAACCAAGUUUGUAAUAUUUCCUCAUUCAGUAUCUGUGAGAAGCAGCUGUAAAUGUAAGGAUGAAGAUAAAGAAGAGAUAAAUACGUGAGACUGUAAGGAUACUCCCCAACACACACAUCACCAACCACCACCAUGAACAACAGCAACAACAAAAACAGAACAGAAAAGAUGAAUAUUGAAAAUCAGAGCAAACCCUGAAAUGCUAGGAGACCUUUUUAAAUUUGAACUUUAGCUGAGAACUUGGAUGAAGAAGGUGAGGCUUCUAUACUUGUCAGCCUCGUAAAGAGGGUCAUAUUAUCUUCCAGUUAGUAAGACGCUAGACAUGGAGUAAGACAGCCAAGAAAUACCCAGAAUGAGUGAACAUGACGUUCCCAGAUCUAAAUGGUACAAUCAUAACAAAGCCCCUAUAUUGUCAGGAAAUAGUGUGGGUGAAGGAGCAGGGGGCUGAAGACUGUGAGAGCCAGAGGACCAGGAUGCCUACUGCUACUGUCUUCUAGUCAGGACAGGGACACUGUACACAUGAAAUGUCAACAAUAUGAUCUAUUAAAUAAGACCUGUAUGAUGGCAACUUCAGUUAUAUGUCAACAUGAAUGUAGACAUUUCACCAAGUCCCAUCUCCCACAUAAAGAACUAGAGCUGAUUAAAUGCUGCUGGAAAUGGGGAAGAGCUUCCUGAUGGGUUACUACACCCCAAGUAGUCAGCACUAAACAUGUGUACAGACCAGUAACACCGUAGAUUAGUAGGCUAUAUACGCAUACAUAUAUACGUAUGUUACUCAAAAAUUGUUACUGGAGUGUACACUGUGUUUGUGUGAUUUGUUCAAUGUCUAUCAGACAUGGACAGAAGGCAAAAUGUACUUCUAAAUUGAUAAGCAAAGAAGUGAGGGAAGAAAAUCUUCACUGUAAAUAGGGCUGUUAUUUUCAUCCACAUGAUCAUGAUUAAAAUGACCAUCACACAAAAGGAGUGACUCCAACUUCUUCCUCAACUCGAUAACCCAGAGAAUCUGCCUAUCAUAUAUGAUAGCAGAACCUGGUGUAACAUGAAGUCAUAGAAGCACUGCCCUUACAGGAAGCAUCCUCUUUAAAUAUUAUAUUUCAAAAGAUAAAGUGGAUCUGAUAAUGAACAAUUAAAAAGCAUCCUAUCAGGAUUAGUGUUUUGGAACACAGAACAUGUUUUGUCAUUGUUAUGACAUAGAAUUGAUGUGGUCCAAGCCCCUUAAUCAACCCAAGUAGACACAAGAAUUUAUCACAUGCCAAAAUUUAAUGCAGGGCAGCACAAAGCAAGGGGAGAAAGGGAUCAGGGCUAUAGAAAAGAGCUGAACUUCGACCCUAAAUGUCAAUUGAAUCAAGUAUUUAAGCACAAAAAUCACAAACAUUUGUUUCCAAGUUCCAGUUAGAAUUUUUACCAAUCAGGAUUUAGAGACUAGCGACUUCCUUGAAUGUUCCAUCUUUGUCAACUUAUAUAUAAUGUAAGCUUUCAGUCCAACCAAUCAGAUUCAUUUGUUCCUUCUGUUGUUAGGAACUAUGUUUCUGGAAAGCUCCAUGUCUAUGGUUCACAGAGGAGAUUGCUUAGCUAUUGGAAGUUUCCCAGCUCCCCUAGGGCUUGGGAACUUAAAAUUUGUUUCAUCCUACAGGUAAAAUAGAGUCUGAAGUCAAAAUGGCAUUGCUUGUUGCCUGUUCUCAACACUAUUUUGCAGUUAACAGCCAAUUCUUCCGCCAUUUCCUUACAAAAGGAUGAUUGGAAUGUGACUGUUUCCCCGUGUGAUCUGUCUUGCUAGCUUCUGAUCCUUUCCAAUAACACCCCUCCCACUUCCAGUGGGGAUUUCCAAGUGGCUGGGGAGCCAUUUGUAGCUUCCUCAGGCUGAUUAAUAGGUGGGCAGAAAUUGUGCUAAAUCUGCUGAAUUGUUCACUUGAAAAAUUAUUGAUUUUACAUAACAAAAACUGCUUAUUCGAAUAUCUCUGGCCUCUGAGUAACCUGCUUACUUACUUGUAGUAAUCACUAACAAAAUUUUGCCUUCUCCCCAAAAGGGUUGAUUAAUUUGAUGCUAGAUAGGGGAUAUGUAUAUAAGAUCUUUCUACACUGAAUCACAAAUUUGGGUUCUUGAACAUUUUGAAAAGUCAGAGGAGAACAUACAUUUGUUGUGAAGUUUGCACUCAUCUUUUAAUAUUCAAAUCUGAAUUUUCAAAGUCUGGAAAUACUGUAGAGGGGACAGAGAUAAAUCUGAGCGGAGUGUGAUUAAUUGGCUCAAGUAGUUUGUUAGAGCACAGGAUGGGACUCAAAGAAGACUUGGAUGCUUUGUACGUGCACACUUAAGGCCAUGUAUGUACGUGUGCAUGCAUGCUCACUUACCUGUGUACCCUUGGAGAUCAGACAUCUGAUGUUGUCCACUGUCACUGUCCACUAACUUCUUUGUUGGGACACGGUCUCACUGUCCCCUUCUGCUGGCUGAUCAAACAGUCCCUAGAUCCCACCUGCUUUCCCCUGUCACUAAGCCUGGCAUUGCAGAUGUGGAGCACUGUACACAACUUCCAUGUGAACAGUGAGAAUUCAAACUUGGAUUCUCGUGCUUACAUAGCAUCUACUGAGCCACCUCCUCAGCCUAAUGAGCAAAUACUUUAAUAUUAGUUCCAAUUUGAUUAUUGGCUCUUUCUGGGUCCUGACAGAUAAAUUCAAGAAGCCAUCAUCAAAGAAAAUAAAUCUGGUUGCUAACUAGUACAGUCAGUGAGAGAUCCUCCAGUAUGUAGGUAAAAGGUCAAGUAGGACCAGAGCUAUGGGGAAAGGACACUGCUCUAGGGGGCCCAGGGUGUACUAUUACCUGACAUGCUGACAGACUGUUUACAUGAACACUUACAUGUUAAUGGACAUGUGAACAGAAAUGCACACAUUUGUUCAAGGGACAGAGAUGGGACAGCAGCUGCUAGCUGGGCUCAAUUUUGAAGGAUGAAUUCCAGAUGGUUAACUCUGAGGAAACAUCUAUGGAAGGACUCCUAUACUCAAUUGCCUUGAACACCACAAUAACUUGGGGAGUUGUCCAUAAUCUUUGUCUUUAUAUCCGCACAAUGUGUUUCAAACUUAGCAGGGUAGGUUGGUUAAACUACUGCAGCAGAUGAGCUAGCCAGGGCUCUGCUGGAGAGUUCCUCCUGGUGGUGUCAACGAUGGACAACUGACAGGCUGGCCAACACAGCUACCACCAGGCCCAGAACCAGGGUUAUGAGUUGGACUACCCCAACAUCCAUCUCAUCUGUGAACUGCUGGAGAAUGCAAAGGAGACAGACUUACAGACCCAAAGCUGCAGGGUCUCUAUGACACAAGGAUCCAAGAGGAGUCCCAGUGAGGGCCCAGGGUCUCUAUGACACAAGGCAACAACAGGAUGUCCAAGAGGAGUCCCAGUGAGGGCCCAGUAUGGAGGGGACAGAGGCCUCGAACUAGACCAAUACUCAUAGCCAUGAAUACUUACAAAUAAAGAUGUA